AAGCUGGACCAGUACCUGAGCACCCCUCUGGACUACGAGCUGAUGCGGGACCCCCAGCUGGUCAUCUCCCGCCGGCGGUUCCUGGAUGGGGACCAGAUGACCCUGGCCGACUGCAGCCUGCUCCCCAAGCUCAACAUAGUGAAUGUCGUGUGCCAGCACUACCGCCAGGCGGGCAUCCCCAGAGAGCUGCGGAGCAUCGGGCGCUACCUGGAGUGUGCUGCCGAGACCAAGGAGUUCCAGUACACCUGUCCAAACCCCCUGGAGAUCAUCCAGGCCUACCACGGUGUGGUCAGGCAGCCCCAGUAGCCCCCUGGCUAAAGUCGGGGCUGGCUAGCUCUGCCUGGCACCCAGGGCGCCCCCUCCU